GGGGGCGGCGCCAAAGGCGCACCGGGCGAUUGCAGCAGUAGCAACGCGCAAGCUGCGGAGACGCAGCAGUUGUCGCCACGGAGCGCGAGGAGCCGCUUCUUCCCCCGAAAGAGACGGGACUGAUUCUAAGGCUGAAGCCGAUCCAGCGCCGGACGGACGGACGGACGCCUCGAGGAGCCAGAGCGGAGUCCCAGCCGGCGCUUGAUCUGCUGCCCGGACCCUCCACCGCCCCAUGGGCGCGCCUCGGAGUUCGUGCGCCUUCGCGAGCCUCCUCUUCUGCCUGCUCUCCGCUGCCAUCGCCCAGAGGGUGAAAGUCCUGGAUGAGGUCACGGGCUACCUGGGGCAGGAAGUCACCCUGCCGUGCAACUUUGUGUCGACGGGCAACGAGAUCAAGGUCAGCCUGGUCACCUGGAUGAAGGAAGCCGCGGGCAGGAAGCAGAAUGUGGCCGUCUUCCACCCGGACCACAAGCCCAACUACCCGUUGGAGACGGAGCAGGGGCGGAUCCGCUUCAAGACCCAGACCCUGGAGGACGCUACGCUGAUCAUCGGCCCCCUGCGCAUGGCCGACGAGGGCACCUACGCCUGCGAGUUCGCUGCGUACCCCUUGGGCAGUGAAGACGGCACCACCAACCUGGUCGUACUAGCUAAGCCCACAAACACGGCCGAAGCCCAGGAGGUCAAGGCUAGCAACCUCGAACUCCCUGUGGCUGUCUGCAUCUCUGACCGGGGGAAGCCGCCGGCCCGCAUCACGUGGCAGUCGGGGCUGAACGGCAACGCCACCGUCUCGGAGGUGACCAACGCUGACGGCACCGUCACCGUCACCAGCUACUACCGCAUGGUGCCCACCAAGGAAGCCAACGGGCAGCGCAUCACCUGCAUUGUGGAGCACAAGACGCAACCACAGCCAGAAGCCCUUCCGGUGGUGCUUUCGAUAUUGUAUCCUCCUGAGGUCACCAUAGAGGGAUAUGAUGACAAUUGGUAUUUGAGCCGCAACGAGGCCACGCUCAAGUGCACCGCCAAGGGGAACCCUCCGCCCACCGACUUCAUCUGGAGCACGGCCAAUGGGCCUCUCCCAAAGACUGUGGAGGUCCAGGGCGACAUACUCUUGGUGCGCAACGUGGAUGCUUCGGUGAACACCACUUUUAGAUGCCAGGCCACCAAUCGCGUGGGACAGGUUUCGACAGACCAAGUCAUCUUUGUCCGAGACCAGCCGGCGAAGAGGCAGAGCAGCAGCGCUGGAGCUUUGGCCGGGUCCAUCGUGGGGGGGAUCCUAGCCCUGGCUCUCCUGGGAGCCAUAGUCUUCUUUGCUGUGCGUCGCCACCGCCACCGGGGCACCAAAGGCUCUUACGACCCCAAGACCCGGGUCUUUGGCAACGGGACAGCUCCUCCCCCAGCCCGCGACUUCACCGAACUCGACCGGCCCCUCAAAGCCGCCCCGGGGAGGGGGCCGGAGGACGAGUACGAGGAGGAAGAUGAAUGCGAGGAGCGCCUCCCGCCCUACGGCUACCCCUCCCACCGCCUGGAGGGCGACGAGGAGCAGUACGACCAGUUGGGCCCCAUGUUGCGGCUCAGCUCUCCCCACCACGGCUACGACUUCGACGACAUGGAGUCCCAGCACGACGGCUCCAUCAUAUCCAAGACAGCUGUAUACGUGUGAGCCCGGCCUUGGUGGCAUUCCUAGAUGCCGGGAAGAGAACUUUGGCCUUCGCAAAAGACACGCUUAAGAGAGACUCUACGAAGUUUUGUUUUGUUUUUUUAAUUUAUGGGCCCUGCGUGGCCAGACUCUGCUGGUGGGGCAGCAAAGCCUCCCUCGACUUCGAGAGGUGAGGCAGCCGCAAGAGACAUCCCAGGGGGAGAUUUGUCGGAACCCCAUGAAGUUGGGGGGCUGCUGAAAAGGGGAAACUUAUUUUUGCUUUCUUUUUUAACAAGGGGAGGGAUGGGGACGGGACACUCUUUACCCUGAAGAUGUCCCUCUUCUUCGACCACCAGGAGACAUUUUGCGUGCUGCUGCCUUAAGAGGAUUCGACUUCUUGCUUUUUUUGUAGUACGUGUUAGAGGAGUUGCAGAGCUGACUGUAAAAACUGGGCGUGGGGCAGCUCAGGAAACAAACACACCUAGCUUCUCCUGCCGCUGGCGAAAAGGACCUUUGGGCACAGCAUGCCUUGCGUGACACCCCCCAAUCUGGCAAUCUUUAAUCUCUCUCUUUCUCCCCCAAUGGCGCUCUCUGGUAUCUUUUUGGUGCUCUUAACCGGGUGGUCUUGGCUGGUGCUGAAUCCUACCCCCCAGCCUGGUGCUUGGGAGGAAAAGACCAGGCUCCUGUCUAAAAGUCCUGUCUCUUCCUUGCCCUUCUCUGCACAACCUCCACCCUGCCUGUCUCAACAGGUAAACAGGGCCUGCCUGCUCUUCGGAUCGCCCCCCCUUCUUUCAUCAGGGAACAAGGCCAGGGUUGGGGGAAGGAGAAGAGGGGGCACAGCACCACUCGCACUGCCAGCCCCUGGGCCUUGCUUUAUUCCAAAAGACUUGCUUAUCUGUUUGCCGGGGGUCUGUCCGUCCCCCGGUUCAGCCUGCCCCACGCCCCCUCCCCAUAAACUCCCCUGGAUCGUUCACCAUCAUUGUGUGCGUUGUUUUCGGUGGGGUGGGGGGGUUCCUGUGGACUUGUUUGGAGGGUCAGGAGAUGGGUCCCUCUUCCUCUCUCUUCUGCACUACCCCCAUGCUGUGCCUUAACGAGGACCAGCAGGUUUCCCCCUCCUUCAUACAUACCCACAAAUGUCUGUAAAUACCCCCCCGCCUUUGUGAAAAAGGCACAGAUUUAUUUUCGUACUUUUGGUUUGGCUUUUUUUGUGUCCCCGGUGGGCUCUGUCUCCGCAUUUGAGUGUAAUUAAAAGAUGUAUCAAAACCGAA